AAUUUUCUAAACUACCACACGGAUGUAAACGAUACUUUGAUGGGCCUAGAAGAAAAAUACCAUCCACCAAAAAUAACACUAACCCACAAAGUAACUGAGAAAAAAAAAAAAAAAAAAGUUGUCCCAUUGCAGGCAGAUUCUUAAAUCUUAUCAUCUUCUCCAUCGCUGACACUACCAUCCCGACCAAGAAAGACAUGGCAACUUUGAAUCUCUCUUUCUUUUCCAAAACCCUAAACCCUAUUUCCCAAACCCUAACCCCUAAUCUUUCAUACCCGUCCACACUAUCCAUAUCGUUCCUUCGCCCGUACCCAACCAAAUCAACAACUGCCGCUUUGCCGGCCGUCAGAGCUUUGACCGAUGGCGAAUACUCCACCAAAAGGAACAGCGGCGGUGAAGAAAGGGAAACGAUAUUGUUACCGGGAUGUGACUAUAAUCACUGGCUUAUCGUCAUGGAAUUCCCCAAAGACCCUGCUCCCACCAGGGACCAGAUGAUUGACACUUACCUCAACACUCUCGCUACCGUUCUUGGCAGCAUGGAAGAAGCAAAGAAGAAUAUGUAUGCCUUUAGUACCACGACUUACACUGGUUUUCAAUGCACUGUAUCUGAAGAAACAUCUGAGAAAUUCAAGGGCCUACCUGGUGUUUUGUGGGUCUUGCCUGAUUCAUAUAUCGAUGUUAAGAACAAGGAUUAUGGAGGUGAUAAGUACGUAAAUGGAGAGAUAAUUCCCUGUGAGUACCCAACUUAUCAACCAAAGCAGGCUAGAAGUUCGAAAUUUAAGAGCAAAGCUUAUGUAAGAAAGAGAGAUGGCCCUCCUGCUGAACAAAGAAAGCCAAGACAAGAAGCAGCACCGGAAUCAGCUUCCUAAUGAACUUUUCCGAGGUUGCAAAUUGCUAUGCACGGAUGCUGUUCUAUCAUUUAUAGCUUGGACUGGAGCUUAGUUUUCACAAGAUGAGAGCUUUGUUUAAGUUACGAUCCUUACAUUUCAAAUCUCAAGGUAGUUAUGAGGCUGCUCGCCAGUUUUCAGUACAUGUAUCCAGCUGAACAGCUGUGUUAGGACUGUGACCAGUGCUAUGAGUAUGUAGUUAAAACUCGUUAGUCAUGAUUCUAUUAUCAAAUGGCUUGUGUUGCUUCUCUAA